AUGAGCACAAGACAAAGAAAAAAUUUACCAAACAUCAACCAAAGAAUCCGCAAGUUUCGGGUUAAGAGUAGUCACAUUGGACGCAAAUUAAUCGAUGGAAACCCCAUAACAUCCUAUCUUAUUGAAAAACUUCAUUUAAUAGGGUAUCAAUAUUAUAAUGACAAAUCGACCUCAUUUGCAGAACUUCGCGUGGAAGGAAUUACUAGAACAUUUUGGAUACAUAAGGAAUUCCUCGUACUUCAAUCAAAUUUCUUUCACGAGAUUUUCAAUGAUAAAAAUAUUGGUACGGUUAUCGAUAUCACUGUGCCUUCACCCGGGACUUUUGAAUCAAUUCUGGAAUAUUUAUAUGACGGAAAUGAAGAAAAGUGGUAUGAUACUUUUACAACGGAAAAUUGGCAUAGUGUUUGGGAAAACAUAAGUUAUUUAGAAUUGGGCUCAAAAGCUCGGGCCAUUUGCAUUUCUUUUUGCGAAAACCAGAUUAAUUAA